AAAGUGAACCAUUUCUUUAUAAACUGUCUUCUUCCUCUUUUUUUAACCCCGUGUUGCUCACUCUGCUCGGCUGUCACAUGUAGUUAACACUCUGCCAGUAUGCCAUGUAACCGUUUAUAGUUAUUUUAACCAUUUCCUGGUGCAGUAGUAGUUUGUGAAUCACUUUGGCGGAUCACUUUCUCAUGCUGCUGUGAGGCUCUGCUGCUGCUGCUGGCUGUGUCCUGCUAUGGCGUCCGUCUAUAGCGGAUCCCACACCUUGAGCAAGGAUGAUGUGAAUUACAGAAUGCAUUUCCGAAUGAUAAACGAGCAGCAGGUGGAGGAUAUCACCAUAGAGUUCUUCUACAGGCCACACACCAUAACACUGCUGACAUGCACGGUGCUCAGUUUGAUGUAUUUCGCUUUCGCAAGAGAUGAUGGAAACCCAGACGGUAAUGUCUGGGUGGGGCUCAUCCUGGUCAUCUCCUUCUUCCUUGUCAUCAGUGUUCUGGCAUUUCCUAAUGGUCCAUUCACCAGACCACAUCCGGCAAUAUGGCGAAUAGUUUUUGGUCUGAGUGUUCUCUACUUCCUCUUCCUGGUUUUCAUCAUCUUCCUCAACUGGCAGCAGGUGAAGCAGCUGAUGUACUGGCUGGACCCAAACCUGCGCUAUGCCAAGAGAGAGGCUGACAUAAUGGAGUAUGCUGUAAACUGCCACGUCAUCACCUGGGAGAGAAUCCUGAGCCAUUUUGACAUUUUUGCAUUCAGCCAUUUCUGGGGCUGGGGUAUGAAGGCCCUGCUGAUUCGAAGCUAUGGCCUCUGCUGGACCAUUAGUAUCACCUGGGAGCUCACUGAGCUAUUCUUCAUGCAUCUGCUGCCUAACUUUGCUGAGUGCUGGUGGGACCAGGUGAUUCUGGACAUCCUGCUGUGUAAUGGAGGAGGCAUCUGGCUUGGCAUGACUGUCUGCCGCUUUCUGGAAAUGAGGACCUACCACUGGGCCAGUAUUAAGGACAUCCACACCACCACGGGGAAGAUCAAACGAGCCGCGCUACAGUUCACCCCUGCUAGCUGGACCUACGUACGCUGGCUGGACCCAAAGUCUUCCCUGCAGCGAGUGAUGGGCGUCUAUCUGUUCAUGAUCAUCUGGCAGCUAACAGAGUUGAACACCUUUUUCCUCAAGCACAUUUUCGUCUUUCCUGCAAGUCAUGCUCUAAGCUGGUGUCGGAUCCUGUUCAUUGGCAUCAUCACGGCUCCAACAGUGAGGCAGUAUUAUGCAUACCUUACAGACACACAGUGCAAGAGAGUUGGGACCCAGUGCUGGGUGUUUGGGGCCAUUGCCUUCCUGGAGGCCUUGGCGUGUAUUAAGUUUGGACAGGACCUGUUCUCCAAAACACAGAUCCUCUAUGUGAUCCUCUGGCUGCUGUGUUUGGCCUUCAUUACAUUCCUCUGCCUGUAUGGAAUGGUGUGGGUUGCUGAAACGUAUGGUCCAAGAGAAAAGAGCUUCUCAGAAUGUGAAGACAGUAAUUACACUGAAUAUGGUGACCAUGUGUCAGAAGUAUUUAAAGAAGACACAGACCCUGAGGACGACAGCCCGACAACCAGACGUCGAGGGAAGGGCGCCGGGAAGACCAAAUCCAUCAACGGCCUGGACAGCCAGUAGGAGUUGGAGCCAGAGGCUGGUGUGCGACUCCUGAACUCACUCCAAAGAGCCAGGAGUGAAGGAUCAGCUGUUGAAAAGGGGGUAAAGAUGCAACCACUUCCUGGUGUAAUUAAAGUCUAGAAAGCCCCACCUACAGUAGAGGGAGUGGAGACAGGAGAGACUAGUGGAUGAACAGGCCCAUGCAGUGUUAUUAGGAGUGCAGAGAGGCUUGGAUUACACAGAUGCACACUGAACUGUGUGCUGUAGUCAGAAAAAAACCUAAACCACUGAUCACAGUUUUCUGUGUGUGUGAAAAGAGAGAGUGUGGUAUUUUGUGUAUGUGUGAGAGAGAGAAAGGUGGCAAUAAAAACUGCCGUUAGUAGUUGUGACUGCAUGAUCAUUGUAGCUGAUAAACUAUACUUUACAAACAUUUAUCCUAUGAUACAGUAUAUCAUUGAUGGUCAAUGUACAUUUGACUGGUUUACACCAGCCUGAACUCCAGUAUGUUGGUUCAACACAUUUCAAUGUUAAAAGCCAUCAUGUAGAAUUUAUCACAAUAAUUGGAGCCUCUAUGUUUAUAGCACAGAAAGGCUAUGAAGUCUUUUUAUUAGCAUCUGUCAUCUAUUGUGUAUUUACAUCAUAGAUGUUCACACUCGUAACGUGGUUAUAACUUGAAUGUGAGCAGGAUUUCAAUGCAAGACGGCUUUAGCGCUGUAGGAUCAUUGACUGAGGAUUGUGUUUGACCUGGAACAAAGCAAAGCACACAGUUUAAGCACUUUUCAGAAUGUUUUCUUGCAAAUACUGUACAUUUGUAAUGCUUGAGUUUAUUGUGAAUCAUUGUGACCUUGAGUGAUUUUACUCUCCCUGUCCAUCUAUGGCUGCUAUCUUAUUUUUUUUUCUUUCUUUACUGUACUGAUAAUGGAGGGCAAUUAUUCAAAUUCCUGCAUGUUUUGUCAGACUCUACCUGUCUGUGUGCAGAUGUGGCUUCGUUUUACCGUCAACCUUCUUGUUAUAUUGCAUUUGCAUGGCUGUGUCAAAUCAAGUCAAGUGUUUCAGUAGAAAAAUGUUACAAGAGUACUCAACAAAUAUUCGUAUAACACCACACACACACAGGGCGCCAGUAUUGUUAUUUUUAUGUCUUUCACUGUCAGUGUAACAUUUUUAAUUCACCCCUUGUGCCUGUUUGCAUGUUUUCUUUUUUUUUUUAUUCACAACUUUUCUCUGUUUGUAUUACGACUAAAUUUUGGCUUUUUGUGUUUGAUUCUUCUGCUCUCGAGUUCUUCUUUUUUGGAACGUUUUCUUUUCAUUUGCUCUGUCAGCAUCAUCUCAGUACAGAUAUAUAUCCCUUAUAAUCCUGGACAAUCCAGACGUUGACCUCUGUGGGAUGGACCAGGCUCCCGUGCUACAGUAGACACUAUAAAUGGUACAUUGUCUCUGGAUUUAGAUGUCAUUUGCCAAAAACAAUUCCGAUUAAAAAUGGCUGUUCUUUUUCACUGUGAAAUACUGAAACAUAUUAAAAUGUUUUACAUUUCCUCUUAAA